CCCUUACACUUUGCAUCAAAUUAAACAGAAGUGCAUUUUUGUUGACGCUUUCGCAUUAGCCCGUCUAGCAGCUUCUUGCUCUCUCUGUGUUGUUAAACUGGUGAAUGGCAUCGGAAAAGUACGGAUUAGUACGAGUUAACGUAGAAUAUUGCCGGCCGCAAUGAGUGAGGUGAGACCCUGUUUAACGUGCUUCCGUAAGACGGACAACUAUCUACGCAUAGCGGAUGACACUAACGCAGACGAUGUGGAACGAAUCGUGACAACUCACUUCUGGUUCUCGGAGAACGAAUGCUUCCAAAGUGUCCUCUGCACUAGCUGUUGGGAGAAAAUCGAUGACUUCCACAAGUUUUACUGUGAGGUCAAACGGGCUCAUUUGGAACUGUCCGAUACUAUUGAAGUGCAAAUCAAGGUGGAAGCCUUGGAACAACCGCUGGAUUCGGUUAAACGAGAGGAUGACGCGAUAGCUACCGCCACUGGAUUGGAAGUCGUACAUGUUCUUGCGACAAACGAAAAGCAGGGAGAAUCGUCCGCCACAGAGGUGAAAGACGAACUAAAAACUGAAGAAAAACCAAUACGAGAAACGCCUAUAAAACCAAAAGGUAGACGGGGUCGGAAAAGAAAAGUUUCCUUUUCGGAAUCGGAAGAUGACAAAGAACCGGCUGCCGAAAUGCCCAUGGCUGAGUCAGGCGCCGGUCAGGAAAACGAAUGUUUUUCGACGUCGGACGAGUCGGAGUGGGAACCUCCUCAGGAGGAUGACUCCGGUGAAGAGCUGAAAAAAUUGAAACAAAGAAGGACACGUACUGUUAAGCAACCCAGGAAGAAGUAUGCUCCCAGGAAGCCUCGAAAAGCAACAGAAGAACGGGCAACCAAUGGCAAGACGAAAGAGGAGAUUGCUAAAGAGGACGAGUUUAUCCGGAAAUACUGUCCGAUAUUUUGUCACAAGUGUGAGUUUAACUCGGAUACGUUUGGAGAGCUACAAACCCACACAAAACGGGUGCAUAAUUGUAACCCGAUGAUUGUUUGCUGCGAGCACAAGUUCUACAAGCGAUCGUUUCUCUAUCAGCACGCUCAGUAUCAUGAGAACCCGGACAUGUUCCGCUGUGAACCAUGCAAGAAGACUUUUAUCAGUGGGUUGGCACUGAAGUUGCAUCUGGAUUAUACCCACGUUGCGGAGGAAGAGAAGAUCUACAAGUGCGAGAUUUGCCAGGCAAGCUUUGCUAAGCACUAUCAUUUGACGUCCCAUCGGAUGAAGCACACCUCGAUUGCGGAGAAGCGUUUCUACUGUGAACCGUGCGAUAUAGCUUUCCGGACGAAUCAAUCGUAUCGGACGCAUCAGCACUCAAAGCACGGAGCAGCCGCAAAGUAUGUUUGCGAUAUUUGCGCCCGUGGUUUCCGCCAGAGGUCCGAUUUGGUUACACAUCAGCUGUCGCACAGUGCCGAAGGGUUGGAGCAGCUGAAGAUUCAGUGCGAACACUGCCACAAAUGGAUGAAGAACAAAAAGUCUAUCUGGACACAUCGAAGGAUCUGCCAGAGCUCCGGCCCCGUCGCGUGCGACAUUUGCGGCAAAAUGGCUCCGAAUCCGGAACAGCUGAAAAGUCACAAGAAGUUCAUGCAUCAAGAUCAGCGUGUACACCAGUGCGGGUACUGCGAGAAGGCGUUCAAACGGCCGAUCGAUUUGAAGGAGCAUGAAACCAUCCACACCGGAGAGGUACUGUAUACGUGUAACUUCUGUCCGAAAACGUUCAAUUCCAACUCGAAUCUAUACUCUCACCGACGGAAAAUGCACCCGAUUGAGUACGCCGAAUGGAAGCUCGCGUUGCAGCUGAAAAAGCGGCCUGCUUCGCAGCUACCGGCGGGAAUAACGGCGAGCACCGUUGUGACUACGUCUUCUGCUGCUGCUGCAGCGGCAGCCGCCGCCGCUGCUCUGGUCGACAUGCCACCGUUCCUGCCGCCGCUGAUGCCGUCCGAUGGUUACGUUUGAAGUGGAGACAGCCAGAGGGCGGUUCUUCAAAUUAACUCGUAAGUAGCGUUAGACAUUUGAACUGAACUGUUCAGACUAUUGUGUAAGAUAUUCAAUUAGAAGUAACCGGCAGGUUUAUUACGGAAAAAAUUUAGUCUCUCGC